AUGUCAUUGCGACGCGACCCGCGCAUCCUCAAGCUCCCGCCUUACCUGUCCUUCCUGUGUGUCGUCGUAGGUGUCAUCUGGCUCCUCGUUCUACCGCUCGACGACUUCUCCCGCCGAACAUAUAUCUCGGAGAACGCCUUACUUCCAGGACAAGUCCAUACUUACUUUGGAGGGACCGAACACAACGUCUUGCGAGCUUACCGGCAUGAGGUCAACGCCUUGGUGGACAAGGACAACUACGAGAUCAAUGACAAGCUCGAAGAGGUACUCAAGGGUCUCGGCGUCAAGGUCGGUCGGCAAAGCUACGCGUACCGAGCGGGUGGCAACGAAUACCGCGGCGAGAAUGUAUAUGGAAUUCUACAAGCCCCCCGUGGUGACGCCACUGAGGCCAUGGUACUUGUGGCAGCCUGGAAGAGCAUUGAUGGCGAUCUGAACCGCAACGGUGUCUCCUUGGCUUUGACUCUAGCCCGCUAUUUCAAGCGAUGGUCCCUUUGGUCCAAGGAUAUCAUUAUACUUUUCCCUCCGGAUAGCCAGACAGGCACGCAAGCCUGGGUCGACGCCUAUCACGAUGCCCAUGACCCUAACCAGGUUGCGCCUCUACCUUUGAAAUCGGGCGCUCUGCAGGGCGCCCUCGCCAUCGACUAUGCUCAGGAAAGACGCUUCCAGUACAUGCAUGUCAUCUAUGACGGCGCAAAUGGUCAGCUCCCCAACCUCGAUCUCAUCAACUCCAUCAUCAACAUCGCAGGCGGCCAGAUGGGCAUCAAUAGCUACAUUCAAGGCAUGCGCCACCACACAGGAAACUACAAGCACCGCCUAUGGACCCUGCUUCGUGGAAUGUUCAGUCAGAGUCUGGGAAAUUCCGCUGGUCCUCACAGCAGCUUCAUCCCGUAUCACGUCGAUGCGGUCACCCUUCAGCCCUCCGGCAGGGGUUUCCACGACGAAAUGGCCAUGGGGAGGGUUGUAGAAGGCACAUUCCGAAGCCUCAAUAACCUGCUGGAGCAUCUCCACCAGAGCUUCUUCUUUUAUCUAUUGGUACAAAGAGACCGCUUUGUGAGUAUCGGAACGUACCUUCCAAGUGCCAUGCUCCUGGCUGCAAACUUCACUAUCAUGGCCAUCUUCCUGUGGACGAAGAGUGGACAGCUUCCCAUAACCUCCGAAUCUAGCGGGGAGAGCCCCGGGAUCUCCAGCAAGGGAAAGGCUCGAGAUGCAGAUACAUCCGUCGUAGGUGAGAGAGAUCUCGUUCUUCCACUUGGAAUCGUCGCAGCUUGCCACUCUCUUGCUGCUAUUCCCGUCUACUUAUUCAACCACCUCCCUCUCGAGAUCCUCCCCGCUUCGUUUGCGGCCUUCUCGGCUCUAUCAGCCGCCGUGCCGCUCAUCAUAUCAUAUCUCAUCCUGCCACGUUAUAAGCCGACAGUCCAGCACUCACAGCUUACCAAGUCAUGCUCUCUGCUCACCCUCGGCAUGGGCCUGUCUACACUUGCCACGCUCAACUUUUCGUUGGCCUUCGUUGUCGGCCUCCUGGCUACUCCGCUCACAUUUGUCAAGCCUACCAAGAGCCAGCCCGUUAAACUGGCCACUGCUGCUUUACUGAAUCUCGUGGCGCCGCCAGUCGUUAUAUACGCUGUUACUACGAUAUUCGGGGCGGAUGUUGCGUAUAUACUAAGAGAGGCUAGCUUUGGUUGGAACGUCUGGGGCUUGUACACUCCGGUUGCCGUGUGGGCUCUUUGGUGGCCCGCGUGGACUAUCGGCAUGGUCAAUGUUUUAGGUCUAGUACCUGAGUGA